GCCGCUGGGACUUUUAUGUGAGCGGAAGCCGGAAGUUCAUCGGCGGCGGUGUUCGGGAUGACGGCGAACGGACAGAAAUGGGUUUUUGAGCGCGGACGGAACAUCACGAGCUCGUAUAUGAUGCUGUUUCUGCUGCUGCUGGACAUUUACUCCACGUGUGCGAUCGCGUAUCUGAGCUCUCCUCACGUGGGUCAGGAGCCGCCGUACACGGCCCAGCAGAGCCCGGUGAUGACCAGUCCGGUGGCCCUGACCUCGUCCUCCGCUGCCCCGGCGGUGACCGAUAACGACCUGUCCAGGUGUCCCAGCGGCGGCCUGUGCUCCAGACUCCCGGCCGACUGCAUCAUCUGCGCGUUUCAUCACAACUGCAGCUACGGCCGGCCGGCCAACUUCACCUGCAGAGCCAAAGCAGGCGUCCACUGUGUGGUGAGAUUUCACUCGGACCAGUUUGGAAAAAACGAGCGGAAUCGGCCGCAGCAGAACUUCUCGCUGACGCUGGACUGUCGCUUCUGUUGGCAGCUGGAUCCGUCUCAGUACCGCUGCUCGAACUCCACCAGCUGCAUGACGGUGUCGUGUCCGCGCAGACGCUAUAACGCCAGCUGUGCGGUCCUGGAGCACGUGCACUGCCUGGGGAAGCGAGUGUUCCAGAAGCGUCUGUUCUGUAACUGGACGGGAGGAUAUAAGUGGUCCACAGCUCUGGCCCUCAGCAUCACUCUGGGGGGCUUCGGAGCGGACCGCUUCUAUCUGGGCCAGUGGAGGGAAGGUCUGGGGAAGCUCUUCAGCUUCGGCGGUCUGGGCAUCUGGACGCUGAUCGACGUGCUCCUGAUCGGUGUGGGAUACGUGGGGCCAGCCGAUGGCUCUCUCUACAUCUGAGGGCUUGAAUGUGACUGUGACUCUGACUCCUCCAUCCCAGAUUUCCAACCCGAUUCGCACGUGUCGCGUCCAAACUCCCACUGCGGCAGAUUCCCAUCUGCUCUUCAGCAGCACGUCUGACAGACACCAUCAGAGGAGGACAGCAGCGUUAGAGGCGAUGCACAGUAUGCAUCUAAACUCAUCUGUGUUGGUGUUUUUACUGCUAGAUGUAUAUAUGAGUUUAUAUAUAUGAGUGUUGAUUAAACCAGGGAAAAUCUGGAACCAGUUUGAAUUUGUUGAUUAAAGGUUUUGUCAGAGGGAUUUAUCGUUUUAUCACUCCAUACAUCUGAAAAUUAUGGAAGUUUGUUUUUUGCAACUGAAUAAAAAUAAAUAAAAAAGGUUAUUGUGACUUUUUAUCUCAGACAUUUUCCCCACAAUUCUUGCAAAAAUGUAUCUGUUUAUAGUUUUUUCCAGUGAAGAUUGUUUUCUGCCACAGAAUAAAAAUAAAGGUGUUUGCAACUUUUUAUCUCACAAUUCUCACAAACACAAAACAAAUAAAAAAAAAACCUCAGAAUUCUGAGAAAGCAUCAGAAUUGAGACAAAGUUGCAAUUAUCUUUGUUAUUAUUCUUUCUGUGGCAGAAACAAAAA